UCGCGACAGGGAGGACUUAACUCUGAGUUUUUUGUUUUUUUUUUUACGACCGACCGUAAAUCAUUUGCUCGUGCACAGUAUCAUCAACAGCAGAAGUGAAGUAAACAGAAGUUGGUGGCAAUUGGCCGGGGACGGGGUGUUCUUGCCCCUUCUAGAUCGUUUGAGGGUCGCUUGGUUUUCUGGUUAAGUACGCAAACAAUACCGAUUGGCACCACGGAAGGAUGGAUGCGUGGAAUGCGAUCAACUUUUCCUCCUCACUAGUUCAUAGUGAUAGUUUCUCUAGCGGAAGCUUUCGACAGAGUCGAAUGUCGAUCGAGAAGCUACCGGAUAAGGUGAUACUGCACAUCUUCUCCUAUCUCAGCCACUUGGAGAUAUGCCGCAUGGCCAUGGUGUGUCGCCGCUGGCGUACGAUCGCCUACAACACGCAGCUGUGGAAGAACGUGUCGCUGCGACCGGAAGUGUCGGGACUGCACGUCGGCUCGCUAGAGUCGCUGCUGCAGCUGAUCUCGGUUCGCUUUGGCCCUUCGCUGCGCUACAUAGAGCUGCCGAUCGAGCUGAUCACGCACACCGUACUGCACGAGCUGUCCUCCAAGUGCCCGAACUUGACCCAUAUGUUGCUGGACUUCUCCACCGCUAUGCAGCUGCAUGAUUUCAGUGAGAUGCAGGCAUUCCCGGCCAAACUGCGCUACAUGUGCAUCUGCCUGUCGGAGGUGAUCUUCAUGGAAGGUUUCAUGCGCAAGAUCUACAACUUCAUCAACGGGCUCGAGGUGCUGCACCUCAUCGGGACGUACGAAAAGUGCGAGGAAGAGGAGGAGGAGAUCUACGAAGUAAUCAACGUGCACAAGCUCAAGUCGGCCACACCGAACCUGCGCGUGAUCAACCUGUACGGUAUCAACUUCAUCGACGAUUCGCACAUCGACGCGUUCAGCUCGAACUGCAUCCAGCUGGAAUGUCUGGCGGUGAACUACUGCAGCAAGGUGACGGGAUCGACGCUGAAGGCGCUGCUGGCGCGUUCGAAGCAACUCAAGUGUCUGCUAAUGAACGGUACCAGCCUCAAGUCCGAGUACGUGAUGGAGGCCGAGUGGGACAAGUGUUCGGUGCAGGAGCUGGACAUCUCCGGAACCGAUCUGUCGACCGAAUGUUUGAUCGAUGUGCUCACGAGAAUACCGACGCUGCGCUUCUUGAGUGCGGGACAGAUCAAUGGGUUCAACGAUUCCGUGCUGAAGGCGUGGAUGGAAGGUGGCAACCCGAAAACGCUGGUUGCCCUUGACCUCGACUCUUCGGACAAUCUGUCCGACGAGGCACUGGCCCGUUUCAUUACGCGCUACGGUGCCCAGCUGCAGGCGUGCGUUCUGUCCGGCAUGACCCACAUUACCGAUCAGCUGUGGAUGACGAUUAUGCCGAUCCUCACCAACAUCCGUAUCAUCGUGAUGGGUACGACGGAACGGCUGAGCGGUAACAUACACGUCGACCAGCUGAUGGACACGAUCGGUUCGCACUGUACCAAGCUGGAACGGUUGGAGCUGCGCUGGGACCCGGAGAAUCUGCGUUUCUCCGACAAGAGCCAGAAAGCGAUCGAUUUGCUUCGCGUCAAGUGCCUUAAGUUGCGCUGCCUCGUGCUGAACGAUGGCCGCUACUAUGAAACGGUUAAAGCCAACUUCGAGCGUGCUGAUCGUACGACGGUUGUUCGCACCACCACCAGCUGCCGCGUAUCGGCUUACCAUGUGCUGAGCAAUUACAAUGAUUUGAUUUUCAACUAAUGACGUUACCAGCUGCUGUGCGGCAAGUUGGCUGCUCCAAUCGCGUGUGCUUCUGUUGAUUGCUGUUGUGUUUUGUAAAAGAAGAUCCCAAAAUAUUAAAGAUUGGUUCGUUCAGCCGGAUACGGGUUAAGUAGAAACAAUUGUUGUUCAAUCUGUACCCAAGAUGUUUCAUGCUGUACUAAAUCCUGCCAUAGCUUCGUUCUUUUCAGAGAAAUAAAUUCAAUGCAUUGUGAAAAGGAAAAAAAAGCUAUUC